UAGAAGUGUGAAGAGGAAGUUUAACAUUUGUGAGACUGUCCUCUGGUUGGUGUGUCUGGUAAAGUAAAAUCAGAGAAGCAUGGCAGCAGCAGCUCGAUGUAUCAGUGUAACUCCAGUGGUUCUACUGUUACUGCUUUGUCCAGUUGUCCUGGGUGUUUGCAAUGUGAAAUCAUAUUUGAAUGUCACGACGCCAAAGUUUCUUAAAGCUCUGAGUGGAUCAUGUUUAAAAAUCCCCUGCAGCUUUACACCUGAUGAUUCUCAUGAUGAUUCACCAGUGGUUGGUGUUUGGAUAAAAAGUGAUCAUAAUUUUGGCCUAGAUCCAGAAAAUGUGAUCUUUAACAGCAGUCUGAAGAGCAACAAAUAUCCAAUGGAAAUUACUGGAGACCUGAAAAAGAAAAACUGUACGACUUUGUUCAAUAAUUUAACCUCAGAAUAUUCAAACAAGUAUUUCUUCAGGAUUGAAAACCUGCCUUUUAAAAGUACAGCUGUUUGUGACCCUCUUAAUAUAACAAUCAGUGACUCUCCCUGGAGCCCCACAAUAGAAGUCUCUGGUAAACAGACAGAGACAGAGGUGGUGACUAUAACCUGCUCAGCUGUCACUCCCUGUCCACACGCCCCUCCUCAGCUCACAUGGGACCUCCACCAAGGCACUGCCCACAUCACAGAGACCAACGGGACAUUUACCAUUAAAAUCACACAGAACAUCACUCUGACAGACGCCCAUGAUGGACUAAUGAUAAAGUGUAAUGCAGCGUAUCCUGUGAGUGGAGGAUUCAAAAUGGCCGACAGUAACGUGACUCUCAGUGUCUCAUAUGGUCCUAAAAACACCUCAGUGGAGGUCAGUCCGUCCGGUUCACUGUCAGCAGGUCAGUCAGUGACGCUGAGCUGCUCCAGCAGAGCCAAGCCUCCUGUCCACCACUUCACCUGGUUCAGACACAGCUCACAGGGACCAGCCAAUGUCAACCAGGGACACACGUACAGCUUCAACCUCACUGAAGAGGGACAGUACUAUUGUGUGGCCUCAAAUACACUCGGACAUGAAUUAUCUCAAAACAUUACACUGAGUAUAACAGAGUCUGGACCCAGUGUUGUGACUUGGAUUGGCCCAUACAACAUAGUGAAGCUCUGUGGGAUUAUACUGCUCUACAGCUCCCUGCUCCUUCUGGAAUGCUGGUUUAGAUCAACUUGUGUCAAGAAACAGGAACAGAGCCCAGAGGCAGCAGCACAUGUCAAUCGUGUCAUUGAAAAUCAAGAUCAGAGAAGCAUGGCAGCAGCAGCUCGAUGUAUCAGUGUAACUCCAGUGGUUCUACUGUUACUGCUUUGUCCAGUUGUCCUGGGUGUUUGCAAUGUGAAAUCAUAUUUGAAUGUCACGACGCCAAAGUUUCUUAAAGCUCUGAGUGGAUCAUGUUUAAAAAUCCCCUGCAGCUUUACACCUGAUGAUUCUCAUGAUGAUUCACCAAUGGUUGGUGUUUGGAUAAAAAGUGAUCAUAAUUUUGGCCUAGAUCCAGAAAAUGUGAUCUUUAACAGCAGCCUGAAGAGCAACAAAUAUCCAAUGGAAAUUACUGGAGACCUGAAAAAGAAAAACUGUACGACUUUGUUCAAUAAUUUAACCUCAGAAUAUUCAAACAAGUAUUUCUUCAGGAUUGAAAACCUGCCUUUUAAAGCUACAGCUGUUUGUGACCCUCUUAAUAUAACAAUCAGUGACUCUCCCUGGAGCCCCACAAUAGAAGUCUCUGGUAAACAGACAGAGACAGAGGUGGUGACUAUAACCUGCUCAGCUGUCACUCCCUGUCCACACGCCCCUCCUCAGCUCACAUGGGGCCUCCACCAAGGCACUGCCCACAUCACAGAGACCAACGGGACAUUUACCACUAAAAUCACACAGAACAUCACUCUGACAGACGCCCAUGAUGGACUAAUGAUAAAGUGUAAUGCAGCGUAUCCUGUGAGUGGACGAUUCAAAAUGGCCGACAGUAACGUGACUCUCAGUGUCUCAUAUGGUCCUAAAAACACCUCAGUGGAGGUCAGUCCGUCCGGUUCACUGUCAGCAGGUCAGUCAGUGACGCUGAGCUGCUCCAGCAGAGCCAAGCCUCCUGUCCACCACUUCACCUGGUUCAGACACAGCUCACAGGGACCAGCCAAUGUCAGCCAGGGACACACGUACAGCUUCAACCUCACUGAAGAGGGACAGUACUAUUGUGUGGCCUCAAAUACACUCGGAAACCAAUCAUCUCAAAACAUUACACUGAGUAUAAAAGAAACAAACAGCUCUUCUGCUGUACCGUGGGAGGCCAUUCUUGGAGCAGGUGUUGGACUCAUAAUAGUCUUUUGUCUGGCUGUGUUUUUUAUGUGUGUCAGAUCAAAACGUGAGGCUUCAAAAAAAUCACAAACAGGAGCAUUUGUGGAGACUGAUAAGGAAGAGGAAGAAGUGCAUUAUGGGGAAAUAGACUUUUCUAAUUUGAGCCCUAAAGACGUCGCAGAACAAGAGGAGACCGUGUACUCCCAGGUCCAAGUAUCAAAAGAAAAUGCCACCGCACAAGUCCCUGGUUUAGAUGAACUCUAUGCAACAGUAAAGAAGAAGUGACAAUGUGCUUCUGUCUUUAAAGUGUGGAUGAGCGAUAUAUCGGUUCCUAUCAGUCCGAUUUGGAAGAUUUAGUCGAUAUUUUUCAGAUAUGUUUCUAAAGUCUCUGUGGUCAUGUGUCUUUCCCAGUUUGUUCUCCUCAGAUUUGUCUUUUUGAUCAGACUGAGGAGUAAAAAUGGAAAUAGAGCAACUCGGCCUAAAAUACAGGGUGUCCAUAAAGUCUCUUUACCAUUUACAAAAUGUUUUACAAAGGCAGUUGAAAAGAAAUCAUAAUCAGACUUGUUCUAUUGUACUCAGUGGUUUCCAUAGUUUGUGACCUCAUUUAAUCCACCUCUCUCACACGAUCCAUGUUUUCCUCAGAUGUUCUUGGUCCACUUCUCUUUCUAUCUCACACUGUCUCU